UUAGUCACCAUCGAGACCCAGUGGGGAGAGAGUUUAAAUCAGAGGGAUUUAAUGAGGGUGCUCUGUGCUUUCCCUGAAGCCAUGUCCUCCAGCAGCUCCUGUCCCCCCUCGUGCCUAGCCCUGGUGGCCCUCUUCUUGGCUCUGUUGCUCCAUCUCUCCCUCUCCUUCCAAGCUGGAGACAGGAGAACCUUGCCUGUAGACAGAGCUGCAGGUCUGAAGGAAAAGACCCUGAUUCUACUUGAUGUGAGCACCAAGAACCCAGUCAGGACAGUCAAUGAGAACUUCCUCUCUCUGCAGCUGGAUCCCUCCAUCAUUCAUGAUGGCUGGCUGGAUUUCUUAAGCUCCAAGCGUCUGGUGACCCUGGCCCGGGGACUCUCGCCCGCCUUUCUGCGCUUCGGGGGCAAAAGGACGGAUUUCCUGCAGUUCCAGAACCUGAGAAAUCCGGCGAAAAGCCGCGGGGGCCCGGGCCCGGAUUACUAUCUCAAAAACUAUGAGGAUGACAUUGUCCGGAGUGAUGUUGCCUUGGAUAAGCAGAAAGGCUGCAAGAUUGCCCAGCACCCUGACAUUAUGCUGGAGCUCCAGAGAGAGAAAGCAGCUCAGAUGCAUCUGGUUCUUCUGAAGGAGCAGUUCUCCAAUACUUACAGUAACCUCAUAUUAACAGCCAGGUCUCUAGACAAACUUUAUAACUUUGCUGAUUGCUCUGGACUCCACCUGAUAUUUGCUCUAAAUGCACUGCGUCGUAAUCCCAAUAACUCCUGGAACAGUUCUAGUGCCCUGAGCCUGUUGAAGUACAGUGCCAGCAAAAAGUACAACAUUUCUUGGGAACUGGGUAAUGAGCCAAAUAACUAUCGGAGCAUGCAUGGUCGGGCAGUAAAUGGUAGCCAGUUGGGAAAGGAUUACAUCCAGCUGAAGAGGCUGCUGCAACCCAUCCGGAUUUACUCCAGAGCCAGCUUGUAUGGCCCUAAUAUUGGACGGCCCAGGAAGAACGUCAUUGCUCUCCUAGAUGGAUUCAUGAAGGUGGCAGGGAGCACCGUAGAUGCGGUUACCUGGCAACAUUGCUACAUUGAUGGCCGGGUGGUCAAGGUGAUGGACUUCCUGAAAACGCGUCUGUUAGAUACACUCUCUGACCAGAUUAGGAAAAUUCAGAAAGUGGUCAAUACAUAUACUCCAGGAAAGAAGAUUUGGCUGGAAGGCGUGGUGACCACCUCAGCUGGAGGCACAAACAAUCUGUCAGAUUCCUAUGCUGCAGGAUUCCUAUGGCUAAACACUUUAGGAAUGCUGGCCAAUCAGGGCAUUGAUGUUGUGAUACGACACUCAUUUUUCGACCAUGGAUACAACCAUCUGGUAGACCAGAAUUUUAACCCAUUACCAGACUACUGGCUUUCUCUCCUUUACAAGCGUCUGAUUGGCCCCAAAGUCCUGGCAGUGCACGUAGCUGGGCUCCAGCGGAAGCCACGACCGGGAAGAGUCAUCCGAGACAAACUAAGGAUCUAUGCUCACUGCACAAACCACCACAACCACAACUAUGUCCGUGGCUCUAUUACACUUUUCAUCAUCAACCUACAUCGAUCAAGAAAGAAAAUCAAACUGGCUGGGACGCUCAGGGACAAGCUGGUGCACCAGUAUCUGCUGCAGCCCUACGGGCAGGAAGGCCUAAAGUCCAAGUCAGUGCAGCUCAAUGGCCAGCCCUUAAUGAUGGUGGAUGAUGGGACCCUUCCAGAACUGAAGCCCCGCCCCCUGCGAGCUGGCCGGACAUUGGUCAUCCCUCCAGUCACCAUGGGCUUUUAUGUGGUCAAGAAUGUCAAUGCUUUGGCCUGCCGUUAUCGAUAAACCACCCUCCGCUUGUGAGCUACUGGUGGGCCUGCUGAACUGCUCUCUGCUCUUCACCCUUGUAGCAUCCUUAUUCCUCAGCCUCUACUCCCAUCCUGCUGGAGUCAACAUAGACUUCUCUCCAAAGAGACUAAACGUCAUAGUGUGAGCUUAGCCUAGGUAGGUGGCAUCCAUUCCUAAGGAAAGUGUAGACAUGCUCUGUUCCUAUACUAAGAUAAAGGUGUGUGUGUAUCUCUUUACGCACACCUUGCAAACAGGCUGGCAGAAUGCUUCCAGAGCAGUGUUUCCAAACAGCUGUCUGUAAUCCUGAUCACACAGCAAUGUAACUGCAAGUCCCAAGCCCUAGCCUGCGGCUGCCGCUGCCCUCAGCAGGGAUGAUGAAGGAAAAGGCAAGGGGGCUGCAAAUCCAAUCCUCUAGCUCCUCCUUUGUCUGUUUCCUGCUGCUGCCUUGGGUUUCCUGACACCUCUCUUCCCAUGGGGAGCAGAUGGGUGAGUCAGCUCCGGCCUGCUGGGCGAGCUGUUUAUAUAAUUUCCUGGCUGAUGUAUGAGUAUGUGCAUCUGGGUUUCUGACAGUGGCAUCCAUCACUAGCUAUUCCUCUGGGAAGCGGGUGCUUCACAAGUAGAAUUACAGUCAUACUCCAAAGUCUGUAAGGUUCUAUUCCUCUGUGAAUCUAGAGUCCCUCAGGCUUGGAGUGGGAGUCAGGUAACAAUAUUCAUUGAGUGGAGACCAAUGUAUUAGGCUCCACAAAAAGAAAUCAUCAUUCUUCAUGUUGCCAGGAGGGAGAACAUUGUAGUACAAAGAAAAAGCACAUGUCAACGUCAAGUACACACACACACACACACACACACACACACACACACCAACUUCAUAAAGCAAUUGAGACCUUUCCCUCAAACAGUAAGGUUUUCAAAGACCCAAGACAGUAAGCCCUUUGUUGUUUGUUGGCCAAAAUCAUUUAGAAGAAGAAAGCAUGAAUCAAAGUCAUUGUAAACAUAGCCAAAUCGUUCUGCCUGUUUGCACAUAGCUGAGUCUUGGUGGCAUUUACUAAGGAGAAAUCCCAUCUGGUCAUUACAGAUGACCAGAUCCAUCAUACCCCGGGUCAUGUACUUAGGCAUGGUACAAAGUUUUCAGUUAGCUCCAUUGAAGAACAGGGAAUUGGCCUGGUAGCAAAACUGGAAAUGAUAGGUGGAAGGCUUCUGAGUUGGGCAGACAGGAAGAUGAACUUAAGUCUGCGGCCAGGACUUGCAUUUGGCUACAGGGUAGGGAAACAAGCUUAGUUUCAGUCACUCUCUAUGGACAUGACUGACCUCAGGAUAAAAGACUGACCUGCUUUUAAGGAGGAAGGGGAUCCUUGACACUCUCCUGGGUUCCAGAGAAGUCAGCGACAAAGCUUUGAUGUGAGCAGACAGGCCUGGGAAGAAGCUGAUGCCAGUCACCGAGGGAAGCGGCAGGGGCGUGCCUAAGAUGCCUGAGGAAUAAGGGUUUGGUCCAGUUAGCAAAGUGAGAGACAAGAGGAAGGUCAGACAAACAAGGUGCCUGAAGGUCUUCAGCUUGGAGAACUGGGAGUUUGAGAGAGGGGGCUGCCUAUCUCAGUCUACCUAUAAGGGAGAUAGUGGGAUCGGAUUUUGAUGGGCUUAUUUUCAGUGCAGGAGGAGCAUCAUACAACAGGUACAUUAUAGGGAAAGCAAGAUCAGAAGACUGAGGAUGGGCUGGGCCCGUCAGUGGUCAUCUUGGAAGCAUCUGGAGGUGCUGGCCAUGAAACGGCUUACCCAGCAAGCCUCCCAGGGAGCUUCCCUCCCCGCACCAUCCCUAGAAGCUCCAGCUCACAGAGAAGUGCUGACACCUGAGGAGGGAAGGAGGGAAAGGAAGAGAGAAACCAUGGGCCAAAGUCAGAAAGUGUGGAAAGGAAAGGGGCAAACAGAUGGGUUGUCCUGAACACACAUCAAGAUCUUUUCUAAGUACGUGUUGGGGGCAACCACAGGGCCCUUGAUACAGCAAGGUAACCAGAGGCCCCAGUGCCAGGCCCUGGGCUAGUUUGCUUUUAUGUAUAGAAGCUUCAUGAUAGAGCUACUCUUGUCACCACCAUGCACCUGUGAGGCAUAGGAAGGGUCCUUACACUGUCCAGUAGCACCCAGUGGAAUGGGGUUGUUUGAGGAAUAGUCCAGAACCUGCCUACUUAGUCACCAAGCUCAGUGGCUUUUCAUGUCACAGACUCACCCCUCAUCUGGUAACUCUGCUUCCCUAGGAUAGCCAAGACUUCCAGAGCCCCAUGCAAACACAUUUUCUGUAAAUAGGUGUUGAUUCUUCACUAAGCCUUGCAGAAUGUAGGUCAUUCUUGCUGCUUUUGUCUUUCUCUGUGAAUUAAAUGCCGCACCCAAGAGGUUGAAGUUUUGUUUGUUUUUGAACUAAUAAAGGGGGAAGAGGGAUGCACUGAAACUUGUCUCCAGAGCCUUGAGGCUCUGUCUUCACAACUCUCUCCUGGAAGGAGCAUUUGUAUUUACCCAGAGGUCACCAAGACACUCACUAGAACAUCACACUCCAUAGCAUUGCUACUCAGGACAUCUGUCUUGAUGCCCUGGGGAGAGGUGGGAGAGACAGUUAUUAAAGCAGUGACAUUGCUCUUCAGAGGGACUCUGCCUUUCUCAUUCACUGCCACCCCUGAUGGUUGGUCUCCGGUAAACACAGCAUCACGACAUGCAGCAGGACUGCAACAGGGUGAGGCUGCUGGAGAAGAAAGUAAAGCAAUUCUCCAGCAGUUUCUCUGGGUCAGUUUUCCUUCCUCAAGCAAGAGACAGCAGAGAUUAUGGGAGACUUAAGAGCCCUUCUUUUUAAACCGAAGAAUGGGCUUGUGGAAAUGUGUAUUGAAAGAUCAUGCAUAAUGAGAAGUCUGUGCCUUUUGUUGAGAUGGUUUUCUGCUCCUCUUGCCUCUAGGAAUGAUUUUCUUUCUCAUUUCUUAUCACAAAGCCUCAGAAUAAAUUCUCAUUGUUAUUGGGAGAGAAAGUCCCCAUUUUUCUAAUGCCCUGCAAAAAGCUGCCACUGUGGGAUAUUAGUAUUAUCUCUAGCUAGAGAGAGGCUUCAAAACACCAGACUCAAGCAACUGAGAGACAAAGACCUGGGCCUCCCAAGACCUGGGCCUCCCAAGACCUGGGCCUCCCAAGACCAGGAUUCCUUCUGUAGCCUUGCCCUUCCUAACACUCAGCCCCAAGAAGGGCGGACUCACUCAAGGCCCUUCAUUCUCAUGCAGGACAAGGAGAGCUGACAGCUUCUGCCUGAAGGCCAGGGGUGAGCACUGGGUACCAAGGCUGUUGACCACCCAGCAUCUGCAGCCAGCAUGUUCUGGGCCCACCAGCAUCUUCAAGUGCUGUACUCAGGUGUCCUGCAUGCACACAGACUCAGGCUACAGGCUAUGCCUUGCAGGUCAUAGACAGUGGCUUCCUUUCUGAGAACAAUAGGCCAGCUUGACAUCUGGGGAAGUAAAGGCAAACCAGGUAGAUCCCUAGGAUGGCCAAAAGGAGGACACAGGAGGACUUUGAUGUUUCGAGGUACAAACGAAGCAACCCAAAGUGAUAAUGGUGUGUCUCUGAGAAGGAGAGGAAGAAAGCCUCCUCCAGGCAGCUCCCAUGGCCAAGUGUGCACCCUGCUGGUUCCUUCCACUAACCUACUUUCCACACCCUCCCUUCGCCAGCCACUCUGUCCCCAAGGGGGGUCCCGCCCAAGGAAAUCCGCUGUUCUGAGACAGUGAAAAGUUCAAUUUUAGGAUUCUUUGUGCCCUUUUCUUAAACUCUAUCCAUUGGAGAGAGGGUGAGAAACAUUCCAAACAGAAGCAGUGCUAGGAUACGUUAUCCUAGUAUAAGGCCCAAACAACCGGAACAUUUAGAGCGAAGGAAAUGCCCUUCCCUUGUCAGUUUUUAGACCCUGGUGUCACCAGGAGGAUUAGAGAAACCCCCACACCCAUCCAGAUAAACACAACAGAAAUGGGCUUAGACCCAGGUCUGCUGAAUGUCAAAUCCUGCUCAGGCUUGUAGUGAGGAGGGCUGUGACUAGGCUCUGCAGUCCAGGCUCACCACGGUGGCCUGCAGUGCCCUGCCUCCCUGUUCUGCUUCUCCGGGUUUCUUCCUAGGUCUAAGGACCACUCCCACCACACUGACCCAGCCUUAGGUGAUAAUGCUUGGUAUUUCUGCAUCCUGGGCUGGAAGGAGCGGAGCCGACCAGCACUUCCAUGGCCCUGUCCCCCUCACUCCGUCACUCAGGUUUGGAAGUCUCUGCCUCUGCCCACACUGGACAGUAAAUGGUAUCCAGCAGCCUGGGGGGGGGUUUAUGCAAACACUUGCAAACUGCACCCUGAAACAUAAGAAUAAACCAAGCACCUUGGUACCACUUUCUUCUAAACACCGGGGAAGCCCCUGUGAGAGCAGGGAGCAUUGCAUCUGGAAGGAGUGGAGCGUUUCCCUUUGACUGGCUCAUUAAUUCUUCCCGUGGCCCUGUGAGCCAGCUGUGGAAAUGGUACCCUCCAACAACCAACGUUAGGAACGUCUCUUUCCUAAUUAUUAUUCAGGAAAACAUUCUAGGGUUCUUUUUCGAGUAGUAAAUGUUGUCUAAUAGAUUAUACUUUGGGAAGAAAUAGAAAGAAGCCUUAAUUUUACUCAUCUGGAAACUACCGAAAUGAGCGCAGGAGCACCUCUGGGGAAAGCUGUGUCUCUGUGCAGGGAUUCUAACAGGUGUUAAAACCCACAUCAGAGUGCGGUUUAUGCAAACCUGGUGAUCGAAGGGAGGUUGAGUCCAUGAGGUUGUUUUUAUUCUGAGGCAAUGUUUUGUAAGAAAUAAAAUAUGACUACUUUAA